AUGAUGCCGCUUUCAGAACUCAACGACGACAUUGUUCGUAGUAUGGCUGUUGCUGCCGUAUUCUCGGAUUUUGGUGGGAAACUCAAUUCACUUGAUUUUCAUCGGACGGAUGAUUUAUUGGUAACAGCUAGUGAGGAUGACUCAGUCCGGUUAUAUGAUGUUGCAGGUGGCAAGUUAGUGAAGACAACUUACCAUAAGAGACAUGGAGCAGACAGAAUAUGCUUCACCCACCAUCCAAAUUCUGUUUUAUGUUCAUCAAGACACAACUUAGACUCAGGAGAAUCUCUUCGCUACCUCUCCAUGUAUGAUAAUCGUUGUCUCCGUUACUUCAAGGGACACAAGGAAAGGGUUGUAUCGCUAUGCAUGUCACCCGUGAAUGACAGCUUCAUGUCUGGUUCUCUUGACCACACUGUCCGUAUAUGGGAUCUCCGCGUGAAUGCGUGCCAGGGCAUUUUACGUCUGAGAGGUAGACCUGCUGUUGCUUACGAUCAACAAGGUCUUGUCUUUGCGGUAGCAAUGGAAGGAGGUGCCAUCAAAUUAUUUGAUUCCAGAUCAUAUGAUAAGGGUCCUUUCGAUACUUUUCUUGUCGGUGGUGAUACUGCUGAGGUCUGUGAUAUUAAGUUCAGUAAUGAUGGUAAAUCAAUGCUGUUGACAACUAAAAGUAACAACAUUUAUGUUCUUGAUGCAUAUGGAGGGGAGAAGCAAUGUGGAUUUGUUCUGGAUCCAUCCCCCGAUACAGCGAUAGAGGCUACAUUUACACCAGAUGGCCAAUAUGUUCUCUCAGGUUCUGGGGAUGGAACUUUGCACGCAUGGAGCUUGAGAACACGAACGAAGGUUGCUUGCUGGGAUAGCUACAUAGGCGUUACCUCUUGCUUGAAAUGGGCUCCUCGCAGAGCCAUGUUUGUUGCAGCGUCCUCAGCCCUUACCUUUUGGAUACCCAAUCCCAAUCCCAAGGUCGACGCUGUUGCUGGCGGAGAUACUGAAACUGUCAGACUGGAGCAAAUGACUCAAUGA